UGCAGUGGGAAGUGUCCGUUUCAAUCCACCAAGAGCACCGAGUGGCCACCGACCGAUGACCGAAGCCCACCACUGACUGAGCAACAACCGCCAACUGCAACUGCAACUGGAAAGAUUAACAACCUCUGACCAGACACAAACAACGUCACCGAAUACAACGACGGCGACGGCGACGGCGACGAUUCCCUAGAAACAACACAACCUUUAUACCCCUAGUCGACUCGGCUUCAUAGCCGCCACAUAAUCAACAGCCAUGGUUUUACAAGAUCUAGGUCGCCGCAUCAAUGCGGCCGUCAGCGACCUAACACGCGCCCCCAAUCUCGACGAGAAGGCCUUCGAUGGCAUGCUCAAGGAGAUCUGCUCUGCCCUCCUCGAAGCCGAUGUCAACGUCCGUCUCGUCGGUCAACUGCGCAAAUCGAUCAAGUCCACAGUCAACUUCAAAGAACUACCACCGGCCGUCAACAAGAAGCGAUUGAUCCAGAAAGCCGUCUUCGAUGAACUCGUCCGUCUCGUCGACCCCCAUGCCGAGCCCUUCAAGCCAAAGAAGGGCAAGUCCAACGUCAUCAUGUUUGUCGGUCUCCAGGGUGCCGGUAAGACGACAACAUGUACAAAGCUUGCCAGGCACUACCAGUCGCGCGGUUUCCGCGUCGGUCUCGUCUGCGCCGAUACCUUCCGUGCCGGUGCCUUCGACCAGCUCAAGCAGAACGCGACCAAGGCCAAGAUCCCCUACUACGGCAGUUUGACCGAGACAGAUCCCGUAGUGGUGGCGCGCGAUGGUGUGGAAAAGUUCAAGAAGGAGAGGUUCGAGAUUAUCAUCGUGGAUACGUCGGGUCGCCACAGGCAAGAAGAGUCGCUCUUCCAGGAAAUGAUGGACAUUCAGACGGCAGUCAAGCCAGACGAGACCAUCAUGGUGCUCGAUGCUUCCAUCGGUCAACAAGCCGAAGCCCAAGCAAAGGCCUUCAAGGAGGCUGCCGACUUUGGUGCCAUCAUCAUCACCAAGACCGACGGCCACGCCGCUGGUGGUGGUGCCAUUUCGGCCGUCGCCGCCACACACACCCCCAUCGUCUUCAUCGGUACCGGUGAGCACAUGCUCGACCUGGAGCGCUUCGUACCCAACAACUUCAUCAGCAAGCUCCUCGGCAUGGGCGACAUGGCCGGCCUCGUUGAGCACGUCCAGUCCCUCAAGCUCGACCAGAAGGACACCAUCAAGCACAUCACCGAGGGCAUCUUCACCAUCCGCGACCUGCGCGACCAGCUGCAGAACAUCAUGAAGAUGGGCCCCCUCAGCAAGAUGGCCGGCAUGAUCCCGGGAAUGAGCAGCAUGAUGCAGAACAUGGACGACGAGGAAGGCUCGCUCAAGCUCAAGCGCAUGAUCUACAUCUGCGACAGCAUGACCGACAAGGAACUCGACAGCGACGGCAAGAUCUUCAUUGAGCAACCGACGCGUAUGACGCGUGUUGCCAAGGGAUCCGGCACCACGGUCAGAGAGGUUGAGGACCUGCUUACCCAGCAGCGCAUGAUGGCUGGUAUGGCCAAGAAGAUGGGCGGUAACAUGAAGAACAUGCAGCGCGCCCAGAGCGCCAUGGGAGGUGGUAACAAGGCGCAACAGCUGGCUGCCAUGCAGAAGCGUCUGCAGAGCAUGGGCGGCGGUAACCAAGAUAUGGGCGGCUUGAUGAAGAUGCUUGGCGGCAUGGGCGGCGGUGGUGGUAUGGGCGGUAUGGAUAUGAAUGCAAUGAUGAAACAGAUGAGCGGGUUGAUGGGAGGUGGUGGUGGACGUGGGAGGAGGUAAAAGGUAAAAAAAAAGGGGUGUGUCGGUCGACUUUUAAUGGGUUUUUUCUUGCUAAUGUGUCGUCGUUCGUCGAUUUCGUUCAAUUCUUUUUAUGGCAGCAGCAGCAGCAGCAAAAGAGCUUGCAUCAUUCUGGCGUCUGGGGUACUACUGGAACAAC